AUGGCGCAAAGAGAAAAGGGCGGACGAGUUGUCUUUAUUGGCAAUAUCCCAUAUGGCGUCAGCGAAGAGCAAAUUAUGGACAUUUUUGGUCGCGCGGGACAGGUCGUCAACUUCCGGCUUGUAUACGACAAGGAGACAGGGCAGCCGAAAGGGUUUGGCUUCUUGGAGUACACAGACACGGACGCCGCAGCCUCUGCUGUGCGCAACCUGAACGACUUCGAUCUGAAAGGUCGGACGCUGCGAGUGGACUAUAGCAAUGACAACCGCGGCACGAGCAAUCAGAAUCAGACACAGGACAACAACCGCGCGCCUCCGACAGCUCACUUUGAUACGAAUCAGCCCAAUGGCGGUCGUCCAGAUGCUUCAGCUGUGCCUCCUCUUCCGCAAGGUGCAGACCUCCCACCUGGUGUCCAAGCAUUAGACGCCAUCAGCAGGACGAUCAACAACGUUCCAACACCACAACUCAUCGACUUUCUCAGCCAGAUCAAGGGUCUUUGCGCCAGUAACCCCGCCCAGGCAACUGCGCUACUCACGCAAGCGCCACAACUCGCAUACGCUGUCUUCCAAGCCAUGCUUUUGCUUGACCUAGUCGACGUCAACAUUGCUCAACAAUUACCUCCGCCAGGCUACCCACCUCCAAUGCCGACCGGAUAUCCUCCUGGAUAUGGUCCGCAAGGUCCGACUGGAUAUGCACCAACUCCACCACAGCAGCCAAUGUACCAGCCACCUCCGCAGCAAGCCCCGCCACCUCAACUUGCUCACGUUCCCGAAGAACAGAAAGCGCUACUACAACAACUAUUUUCAUUGUCAAGAGCACAGAUCGAUCAGAUGCCAGAAGAUCAAAGAGCUGCGAUCGUGGCUGCGCGAAAUCAAUACGCGGCACAAUACGGAUUGCCCCUUCUCUAG